AGGUUUUAUAAAGUGCUUCCGCAAAGGCUUUCUCGUUGAAAACCAGAUUAAACUACAUUACCCACAGUUCAUUCCGCGACAACAAAUCCAGGUUCAAAGAGCGUUUGCAAGUCAGAAUCCUGUGUUCCCUCUUUUAAUUUGAAAAUGGCAUCAGAGGGAUCGGGAGUAGCUUCGGUCCCAUCAGAGGACCGGAGGGAUGAGGGGACCCACCCGGCAGACACGCGCAUCCCAGAGGCGAAAGUCUCCCUAAAAGCCCCAGCAGAGUCAGCAGCGCGGGAUGAGAAUGGAAUCCUUGUGUGCCAGUUCUUCCUGAUGGGAAAGUGUCGUUUUGGCCCCAAAUGUCGUUUCUCUCACAGUGACUCAUCAGUGGAUGAUUCAGGGGCCGUAUCACCCGACCGUGACGACAAACAGGAUGGAGAAAAGACGGAAAAACACAAGAAGAAAGUGAACAAAGCAACAACGCCCAAAUCCCAGGCCAAAGAGGUGAAGAAGAAGCCUCGAAUGCGCACAGCAGAAGAAGUGAUCUCUCGGAUCCUGUGGGACCCGUCGGUGGAUGGAGCAGAAUUGGUGGUGGGGUACGUCGACCGCUUCCUGGGCGUGCUGGAGCGUCCCUUCAAUGACUUCAACUGGGACACGGACCCCUGCGACUGCGAUUACUCCUCAGAGCUGGCUCUGCCGCAGCACAGGAUCCAGUACUUCCUCUGCAGAGGGCUCCGGGUCUGGGACCGCCACAGCAGGACCGACCGAGUGUUCGGCUCCACCGGUCAAUCUCUGGCUCCCCCCUUUGGAGGUGAGGGGGAAGUAAAGGAAAAGAACACGGAAGGGCAACAACAAGAGCAGCCGCCUGCAGAGGAGUGUGCGCACGCUGAGAGCGCACAUCUGGAGGAGGAGAAGCAGAGUGAGAUGAACAGCCAGGCCCCUGACUCAUCACAAGCAGCUCCAGAGUUCAGAGGAGACGCUUCACAGGAACAACUGGAAUCACAAGGAACAUCUGGCACAGAGGAGGCUGCAGUGAGCUCUGGGCCUUCAAAAGACCAAGUGCCCUCGUCCCAAAAAGAGGAACCAAGUUUAAAAGAGGGCGAGAAAGAGAAUUCGCCAGAGUGGAAAGAAAGCUGGGAAGGAAAUGAAGAUGCUUCGAAUUAUCCCCGAUACCAGAACCCGAGCCAGAACCCAUCAGCCCCUCUGGAGCAGAGAGAGACGCGCGGCGGUCGCCCCGCUAAAAAACGCCCCACGCACUUCAUCACCUUCAAGGCCAACACCCCGUCCAUCCUCUCCUGCUUCCAGCAGCUGCAGGAGGAGAUCACCUCCAUCCUGCCCUCCUCCGCCCCUCACUGGCAGCCCGCCGCCAGCCUCCACGUCACCAUGUGCCUCCUCAAUCUGCCCGGCCCGGACGAGGUGGCCGACGCCGUGGAGGUGCUGCGGCGCUUCGCCCGUUGGGACCGCAACCCGCCGGUGUCCCUGACCUUCCCCGUGAGGCUGAAAAAUUUCGGCGGCAGGGUGCUGUACCUGAGCCCCCAGCCUCAGCUCCACCUCCAGCAGCUCAACGGCGGCCUGCAGGAGGCCUACAGGAGGGAGGGCUGGCUCCACCGGGAUUCCUACAACCCGCGCUACCAUCUCACGCUGGCCAAAGUGGUGGGCUGUGAGGGAGAGCGGGUGUUUCAAGGCGUCGGGGAGCUGAAGGCGGGGAAGGGUUUAAAUUUUGGCCGUCUGCCUGUUAACACCUUGCACCUUUGCUCCAUGGGCUUUUCUGAAGAAGAUGGUUUUUAUGAGACCGUGUGCACGGUGACUCUCCGGUGAUGGAACGCACUACGCGGUAGCAACAGAUGAAUGCGUAUGUAACUACAUUAAUUGUACUUUAUGUAUAUUUAUUACGUUAUAAUGUUAAAAUAGCCCCGUAGGUUGGCUUUAGUUGAUUCAAAUACACUAUUAAGCCCACAGUGGCUAAAGAAAUCAACAUUAAAAAUCAGAGUGUCAAUGUAUCAAUAAGUCUUCAGUAAGAAAUACAGAUUAAUCAUUACCUGGAGAUGCACAGCUGAGAUGAGGAAAAGGUUUAAACAUGUUUUAACCAUUAAAGUCAUGAAACCUUUGUCCGUUGACUUUUAAAGAUUUUAGUAGAACUUUUUUUAGUAAGUACUUUUUUCUCCUGAAGGGCCAAAUAAGGUGUUCAACCUUUCCCUGCACUUUGGUCUUUAAUGUUUUACGACUUUGCAGACCGGCUGCACACUGCCACACACAAUUACAUACAAAACAUUAAUUCUUCACAUUUUUCACUUUUCCUUUCAGCUAUGAAUCAAGCUGCUUUUCUGCAGCUCAUUGUUACACAAUUCAUCUGUUUGAAAUAAAUAAUGCAUGUGAUGUAUUACACAAGAACAAUGACUCUGUCUGUCUUUUCCAAUUAAUCAGAACUACUGGAUUGCGAAAGACAUUAAAUAUAGAAUCUGUUAUUUUAAA